UCUCUCUGUAUUUCUCAAGCAAAUAGAAUCUCUUCAAUCCAAUUCAUGUCGAUGAUGAGUAUUCAAGGCCAGGUUCUUGAGGUCACUGUUGUUGGAUGCCAGAAACUAAAAGACACUGAAUGGUUUUCGAGGCAAGACCCAUAUGUUGUCCUCGAGUAUAGCAGCACAAGGCACCGUACAAGAACAUGCACAGAUGGUGGAAAGAACGCAGUGUUCCAAGAGAAGUUUAUGUUCACUAUGCUUGAAGGUCUUAGGGAUCUUAAGGUAGUUGUAUGGAAUAGCAACACACUCUCCACUGAUGACUUCAUUGGGAAUGCUACGAUUAAAUUGCAGAAGGCUCUUUCUGAAGGAUACGACGACUGUACCUGGACUCUGCAGAGUAAAAAUGGGAGAUAUGCGGGAGAAGUAAGACUCAUACUGCAUUAUGCAGCCGCAAAGAAACAAAAUUAUGGUUCUGCGCAUUUAGCAUCACCGUAUGCGCCUCAAGUACCUCACUACUCAGCACCAUACUCUGGACCAUCUCUGUACCCACAAGUACAAUACUCUCAGCCGCAAUCAGCUUACCCACCAGCUUCAGCUUAUCCUCCUCAACCUUCUGCCUAUCCUCCUUCCUCAGCCUCGGCUUACCCUCCUGCCCCUGCAGCUUACCCUCCUGGUCCUUCAGGUUAUCCUCCACCAUCCUCAACUUACCCUCCUCAACAAUCACCAUAUUACCCACAAGGUUCCUAUCCAGGACAAUACCCGCCUCCUCCGUACUAA